AUGUCUGCCGUCCCCAGAAUUCGAUCCGUGAUGUCUUGUCAGUCCUCUACCCACUCGCAACGAAGGUUGAUCCAUCUAUCCACGUCCCACAUCCGCACGGUCUCGUCCCAGGAUGCAGAUACCACAUGUCUUCCGCCCGCACUCAUCCCAACGCUGCGCCCCUAUCCCUGUGUCCAGUGA